CGGAGGGAUAUACCCAGCAACGACAAAGAGAUGCAAUCCUGUAAUCCGUAGGAGCGUGCCACUCACACAGAAAAGUAAAGCCAACAAAACACGGAAAAACUAGACUAAUCUUUGAUUGUUUUGGAAAACGCAGAGAGAGCAGCAGUUUGUAGACCUCGGUUUAAACUCGCCGGAGAGUUAUGGAGAAGAAGCGAUGGGAGUGUUCGGCGCUCCCAGAAGGCUGGAAAAUGGAAGAAGUGACGAGAAAGUCCGGUUUGUCAGCGGGGAAGAGCGAUGUCUAUUAUUUUAGCCCCAGCGGGAAGAAGUUUCGGAGCAAGCCUCAGUUGGCCCGUUACCUGGGCAACCAGAUGGACCUCAGCUCAUUUGACUUCCGCACAGGGAAGAUGCUGAUGAGCAAGCUGAACAAGAACCGCCAGCGCCUGCGCUAUGACAACAACAACCUCACCAAGGGUAAGCCAGACCUGAACACGUCCCUCCCGGUCAGACAGACGGCUUCAAUCUUCAAACAGCCCGUCACCAAGGUUACCAACCACCCUAGCAACAAAGUCAAGACGGACCCUCAGAAAGCCGUGGACCAACCCAGACAGCUGUUCUGGGAGAGGAAGCUGAGUGGUCUGAAUGCAUAUGACAUCGCAGAGGAGCUAGUGAAGACCAUGGAGCUGCCUAAAGGACUGCAGGGUGUGGGUCCAGGAAGUGCAGAUAAGACCCUGCUGUCGGCCAUCGCCAGCGCCCUUCACACUAGCUCCGCCCCCAUCACGGGUCAGCUGUCUGCCGCCGUGGAGAAGAACCCGGGGGUGUGGCUUAACACGGCCCAGCCGCUCUGCAGGGCCUUCCUGGUGACCGAUGAGGACAUCAGGAAGCAGGAGGAGCUGGUGUUCAGUGUGAGGAAGCGUCUGGAGGAGGCUCUGAUGGCGGACAUGCUGGCCAGCGUGGAGGAGGCAGCCAGCGACUCCGGCUCCCUGAAGGAGGAGGGCUCCGCUGGGGAAGAAAUGGACACUGUAUAGCCGUGGAGUCUGGGGUCCUAGUCCUUGGCCCUAGCCCUGGGUCCUAGCUCUAGUCUUAGUCCUAGUCCUGGGGCUCAGUCCUAGCCUGCCCCAUUCCCUCCUCUGGCCUCUCUCCUGCCUCUCUUCUGCCCCCCCCGACAACCCACACAACAAGCCAAGCCUCUGCCCCAACCUCCACCCAAUCCAUGAAGCCCGCUGGUAGGGCCCCACCCACAGAUCCUGGCGUUAGAUAAGGACUGGCCAAGUCGUUCUCCAGUCAACCAAUCACAGAGAGGAUCAGCUGACCAAGGUCUGUCAGCAACGGAAUGUCAGAGAGGGAGAGAGAAAGAGAGAGCACUUUCCUACUGGGAAGGAAGGGGGGGGGGGGGGUCCAUUCAGUGUUCAAUAAUGUAUUUUUUUAAAUUGGGAGUUUUAUUAUGAAUCCGUAUUGGUAGCGAGACAAUGUUGUUUCCCC